AUGAGUCGGUAUUACCACACUAUCAACAAGGCUAAUCGUACGCUUCAGCAUAUCCAUUUCCCUGGUAUCUCGACAUUCCAGCAUGGUCUUGACAUUCAGUCUGCAUUAAUGGAACAAAACCUUAACUACAAAAGGUUAGAGUCAAAGAUACGACGUAUAGAGAAACUGAAUUCAACGUUGUCCUUCAAUAAGCAGGCGCUUCUGUACAAAUUACACCAACUUCAGCCGCCUGCCACUGUACUCACAUUCCAAUUUGAAAAUGUGUACGCGUCAGGCUUGAAACUGAAGAAGCAAAUUAGUCAGCAAGAUAUUGAAAAUUUUACUCGUUUCGGGUGCAAGUUUUACCAACUAGAGCGUGGUGGUCAAGUUACAUGGCAUGGUAAAGGACAGCUUGUGGCGUAUGUUGUGGUUGAUUUAAAAUCAUUUGUCAAACUUUCUGCCAAAUGUUUUGUAAAUAGAGUGUUGCUCCAAUCAGUGGUUAAUGUGCUUGCGAAAUUUGGAGUACAGGGUAAGAUACUGGAUGAAAACCCUGGAAUUUGGGUGAUGAAUAACCAUGGUGAAGAAGAACGAGAGGACAAAAUUGCCAGUGUUGGAGUUCGAGUACGUCAUGGUGUUACUGAGUUUGGUAUUGCUCUAAACAUUGACCCUAAUUUGAAAUUCUUGAAUACGUUUGAAAUGUGUGGAUUAAAGCUGAAACAAGCCACUUCGUUAAGGAGGGAGUUGCAAAAGAGUAGUGGACAGAAGGAGGAUACACUUCCCAGUAUUGAUGAAGCGGCAACUUUAUUUGCUAAAGAAGUGGCCAAGGCGUUAGAGAUGGAGAACAUAGACAAAAUAGUAUUAUAG